AUGAGACAUCUUGUCAUCAGAGAUGUGAUAGCAUCUGGUGAAGAAACAUUCUCAGUCAGAUGGAUUGAUUGGGCUAUUCUAUUUUCUCAUCCUGCUGAUUUUACUCCUGUAUGUACAACAGAACUUGGACGGGUAGCAAAAUUAGUUCCUGAAUUUAAUAAACGUGGUGUGAAAUUAAUAGCUCUUUCCUGUGAUAAUGUUGAUAGCCACAAGGGAUGGAUUAAAGACAUAUGUUCUUUUUCUGAACUUAAUAGUGAAGAAUUUCCAUAUCCUAUUAUAUCAGAUGAAGGACGAGAUUUGGCAGUUCAACUAGGCAUGAUUGAUCCUAAAGAAAAGGAUGAGAAGGGUUUACCACUAACAUGUCGUGCUGUUUUUAUAAUUGGACCAGACAAGAAAUUGAAAUUAUCAAUUUUAUAUCCUGCAACUACUGGUAGAAAUUUUGAUGAAAUUUUAAGAGUUGUUGAUUCAUUACAAUUGACUGCAAACAAGCAGGUUGCUACUCCAGUUGAUUGGAAGGUAAUGGUUCAAAAAAUAUUAUUUAAAAAUUAUCAAUUUAAUUUUAAACACAGAAAACUUUGAAUUCAAUUAUUUCAA